AUGGCGGACAGUGACGGCUUAGGUGAAGCAGCGACUGCUGCGGCGUCUCCUUCUGCCCCUGUUCCCGGCCUAAACCUGCCGCUGGGCUGGAGGGAGCGGCUGCGGGCUGGUCUGGCGGGCAUUGGGGCCUCACUGUGGUUCGUGGCGGGUCUGGGGCUGCUUUACGCUCUGAGGGUCCCGCUGAGGCUGUGUGAGAAUUUGGCAGCGGUGACGGUAUUUUUAAAUUCAUUGACACCCAAAUUCUAUGUGGCACUUACAGGGACGUCUUCUUUGAUAUCAGGACUAAUAUUUAUAUUUGAAUGGUGGUACUUUCAUAAGCAUGGCACAUCUUUUAUUGAGCAAGUUUCUGUAAGCCAUUUGCGACCACUGAUGGGAGGAACAGAAAGCAGCAUUUCAGAGCCAGGUUCUUCUUCCAACAACAGAGAAAGCGAAACCAGCAGGCAGAAUUUGUCAGAAUGUAAAGUGUGGAGAAAUCCUCUAAAUCUUUUCAGAGGAGCAGAAUAUAGAAGAUACACUUGGGUGACUGGUAAAGAGCCACUUACAUACUAUGACAUGAAUUUGUCAGCUCAGGACCAUCAGACCUUUUUCACCUGUGACACAGACUUUUUACGUCCUUCAGACACAGUUAUGCAGAAGGCAUGGAGAGAAAGGAAUCCUCCAGCUCGAAUCAAAGCAGCCUAUCAAGCUUUAGAAUUAAACAAUGACUGUGCCACUGCAUAUGUUCUACUGGCUGAGGAAGAAGCAACAACUAUUGUCGAUGCCGAAAGGUUAUUUAAGCAGGCACUCAAGGCAGGAGAAACAAUUUAUAGGCGGUCACAACAGUGCCAGCACCAAAGUCCUCAGCAUGAAGCUCAACUGAGGAGAGAUACCAAUGUACUGGUGUAUAUUAAAAGAAGACUGGCAAUGUGUGCAAGAAAAUUGGGAAGAAUAAGAGAGGCAGUAAAAAUAAUGAGAGAUUUAAUGAAAGAAUUUCCUCCUCUUACCAUGUUGAACAUCCAUGAAAAUCUCCUAGAAUCACUUUUAGAAUUACAAGCCUAUGCAGAUGUCCAAGCAGUUCUAGCAAAAUAUGAUGAUAUAAGCCUUCCAAAGUCAGCAGCCAUCUGUUAUACAGCAGCACUAUUGAAGACAAGGACUGUUUCAGAUAAAUUCUCUCCAGAAACAGCCUCCAGAAGAGGGUUAAGCACAGCAGAAAUUAAUGCUGUGGAAGCAAUUCAUAGAGCUGUGGAAUUUAAUCCUCAUGUUCCAAAAUAUUUACUAGAGAUGAAAAGCCUCAUUUUACCUCCAGAACACAUUCUGAAGCGGGGUGACAGUGAAGCAGUUGCCUACGCGUUCUUUCACCUUCAGCACUGGAAGAGGAUAGAAGGCGCUCUUAACCUGCUGCAGUGCACGUGGGAAGGCACUUUUAGAAUGAUUCCAUACCCAUUAGAGAAAGGCCAUCUAUUUUAUCCUUAUCCCAGCUGCACAGAGACUGCUGAUAGAGAGCUAUUACCUCCGUUUCAUCAUGUUUCUGUUUACCCAAAGAAGGAGAUUCCUUUUUUCAUCCAUUUCACAGCAGGACUAUGUUCUUCUACAGCAGUGAUAGCUUUGCUUACACACCAGUUUCCUGAGAUCAUGGGUGUUUUUGCUAAAGCUGUGCUGGGAUUCUCCUGCCUCCAGCCUAGGCAUCCUCAGUUUCUGAGCAGAACACAUAAGAUUUGA